GCGUUCCUAAUAGGCUGAGGUCUAAAGGAGAUUUCUUAGAGGGAGGAGCGCGAGAGCUCGGAAAGCUCACCGAGAGCGCGCACCGGAGAUUCCUGACGCAGGGACGCGGGACUGCUGCCGCUGCAUUGCAAAUCCCCAAGCAGCGAAGCGCGCGCGUGUCUUUCCGGAUUUGCGCUCGGUAUUCGGUGGUGCUGUUUUUCUGAGUUUCUGUGUGUCUGUGUGUGUGAUGGUUGGACAUAAAGCCGAGCACAGCGGAGUAAGAUUCCAACCGGAUAUAAAGUAACCUGGGAAAUAACGGACCCUCGAACGGAAAAAACGGGAAUAUUCGCUCACUACGGAGUUGUUUUUUUUUUUUUUUUUUUUUUUUUUUACCAGCUCACACACACACACACACACAAACACACACACACACACACACACACACACACACACAGUUACUUCUCUCCUAUUUGGAUCUUAUGAUCAGUGUUUGGAAUUUAAAUCGGAAUGAAAAACCGCGAGGAUCAAAGCGCAUUAACGGCAUGAGGAAAUAAAAACAACUGCGCGCGAGCUUGUUAAAAUGGAGCUGCGGAGGCUUUACUGUCUCAUCCUUAACACACCGUUACUGCUGUACGGGGAGGCUGCCUUCACUGAAGUGCCUACAGAUGUGAGUGUGUGUGAGGGUGAGGACGUGGAGAUGCCGUGUGCGUUUCGUGCCGUUGGUGCGUUUCCAUUUGCUCUAGAGAUUCAGUGGUGGUACCUAAAGGAGGCGACUCCACGGGACACACACGACACUCACACAGGCAACCGAGCCAAGGUUACUCCAAGAGACGCCACUAAGAUCAGCACGGUGCGUGUGCAAGGGAAUGCCAUCUCCCACAAGCUCAGCCUGUCCCAGGUGGGGAAGGCGGAUGAAGGUGUAUAUGAGUGUCGGGUGUCAGAUUUAUACUCUGAUGACACACAGGACUUUAAAGUGCAGGCGACACUUCGUGUGACACCACGGGACAGCAUGCUUGCUGAGGAAGCCGUGUCUCAUAUCCAAAACCGCUGGACAUUAAAGAGUGCAGCACGAGCCACUAAUGAACCAGAUCAGGGAAAAAGCCACAUAAACCCUCUAUCGUCAUCACAACCAACCCUCGCCACAGGCUCACCACACACUGCUAAUGCCUCCAACAGACAGCAGCAUGAGACCGAUCACCACAGGAGCUUUGCCCAUCACAGCAGCAGGCUAAAGAACAGCUUCAUGUUGUCAGACUGCUGAACUCUACACGGUGGCACUAAUCCCUCUUCCACUUGUUUCUCUAUAAAUAUAAAAUAAUUAGUUACAGUUUUGUACCUUCUUCUAAUAUUACUUCAUGUUUCGUCUUCUUGUCACUGGACUUAUGUUUGCUUAUAAACGAUGAAAAACUGAAUUGUUUGUGUGUUUCAAGAAAUUCCAAACUGACGUACUGUAGAAAAGUUUUUGUAUAAUGUCCUUUUAAGGUGUCUUUUGUUACCCAUUUUGUCUGGUACAGUUGUCUGCUGAUCCACCGCUGAUAAUAACAGAACAAUUUAUAAGAACUUAUUAUGGAGUUUCAUCUGUAAUGCACAGCAGUGGUUGUACCUGAACAUCACAAAGUGGAGGUGGCAAAAAAUGUGUUUAUUAAAUAUAUGUUUAAAUCAGCUUCAGGAUACGUUGGUAUUACUGGUUUCCACAGAAAAUGCUGUAGCUAAAUAAGGACAAGAGUAAAAAAGAAAAGACAUCCAGAGAAACAAUUUGCAUAGAACAUUUCUGCUUAUACUCUUAUACCUAAGUGCUACUUGCUUCAACGUCCUUACAGUACAGUAUGUAGCCUGCCUGCAUGUACACACCUACUGUAAGGACGUUUAGAUCCAUUUACUCCAUAUUCAAUUCAAGUUUCAAUACAAGUUUAUUUGUAUAGCACUUUUUACAAUAGACAUUGUCUCAAAGCAGCUUUACAGAACAUAAACACAGAGCAGA